CACAUCACAGGAAUACAGAUAAUGCAUAACAAACUUUAAAAGUAACAGGAGACGCUUUCACACAUCACCCUUCUAUUUUCCCGGCCGAGUUUCGACCUACGACAGCCGGCCCUUGCAAUCUCCCGAGCAGGAGAGACCUCACCAAGCCGCUAGCAUUACGGAUCUACCUUCAGGGUGCGGCGGUCUCCCUGCAGUCCCCCCCCCCCGGCCGCCGGCACUCCCGCGGCCCUCACGGCUCCGCAGCACUUCCCCCCACCGCCAUCUCCCGCCCCCUUUCUCACAGAGGCGGCAGCCGCCGGCGGAGGAAAGAGCGAUAAACGCCCUGCGCCCGAAGGAGUGCCUGGGCCGGGCCGAGGAGGCGGACCGGUCCGGGAAGGCAAGGCAAGGCAAGGCAAGGCGGCAGAGUGCUUCGGUCCGCGGUCAUGUCGGGCUCGGAACGGCGGCGGCCGGCAGGCCGCAUCCAGUUGGAUAGCAGACCUACUUUAACCACCACAGAUGGAAAUCAGAACAUCACAGAAGUAGAUGCACUGGAUACAAGACAAACACUUGAUCCUGCAGUCCAAUACAAGAUGAACCAUCAAAGAAGAGGAAUUGCGUUAAUCUUCAAUCACGAACACUUUUUUUGGCAUUUAAGGCUGCCAGACAGACGUGGGACUCUUGCAGACAGAAACAAUCUGAAAUGCACUUUGACAGACCUUGGAUUUGAAGUCAGACAUUUUGAUGAUCUGAAAGCAGAAGAUGUGCUGCGGAAAAUUUAUGAAGCCUCUAAGGAUGACCACAGUAAUGCUGACUGCUUUGUUUGUGUGUUCCUGAGUCAUGGUGAGAAUGAUCAUGUUUAUGCAUAUGAUGCCCAAAUCAAAAUUGAGACAAUCACAGACAUGUUCAGAGGAGACAAGUGCCAGAGUCUGGUAGGAAAGCCGAAGAUAUUUAUCAUUCAGGCGUGUCGAGGUGAUAAACAUGAUGAUCCAGUUAUUGCUCGGGAUUUAACAGACAGUAGUGAUGAAUCCAUUGUCAAUGACACCGAAGUGGAUGCAGCUGGUGUAUACACCCUGCCUGCUGGUGCAGACUUUAUCAUGUGCUACUCUGUGGCACAAGGUUACUUUUCUCAUCGUGAAACUGUAAAUGGCUCCUGGUACAUUCAAGAUUUGUGUGAGGCACUUAAGAAGCACGGCUCUUCCUUGGAGUUCACAGAACUUCUUACUGUUGUUAACAGAUUGCCUGUUAAUGCAGCCUAUCCAUUAAAAUCACCUGCAAAGAAUAUGUGAAGUAUAAGAAAAGCAAAAGCUACUGAGCCAUGGAGUUGAACCGAGUUUCAAAUAAUUAACUCUUUCUAUACAAGCUCUAGGUUGAUUAACUGGGAAGCAUGAAGGGCUGAAUUAACUUUCUUCCUAUGUUCCCAGAUUUAAACCUCCAGUUUCAGUGAAGCUAUUAAACCAUUAGCUUGCGCCCUACAGCCAAAUCACUGUGCCCCUUUUGAGGUGCUUGGAAUGACCCCUACCCUACCACUGGAAAAGAAAUGAGUCAGCAACCACUGCAGCUAAAAGGAAGACUUGAACUAUGGGACCAAACCAAUGAGACUGCCCUCACAGUAACAUCAGCGAGAGCUGGAAUAGGAGGAAUGUAACCGGAAUUAACUGCAUCACAACUUUAACUUUGAGAUACUGUAAGGAGGACAGCAUACUAGUAACUCCUUUAUACACCAGUACGCACACCUCUUGGCUAAUUCAUCUAACCACAGAAAGGCUAAAGAAAGCUAUUCUACAUCUUUCUCCAAUUUGAACACACGUGUGGCAGGACAUCUGGCUUAAACACCUCUAAUGCAAUCACAGCUAUGGUCAGGAAUCGGGUCAAAGGCUUGAGAACAGCAUUUAGCUGUGAAACACCCUUUCUCCCUCAGCUAUGUUUGCUUCCUAACACAAAACACCUGGGAGCAGCAGUCAGCCAUAGUGCACUACAUCUCUUGAUUCUGUUCUAAGCAUGGACUCUGGGAAGGAAAACUCAUGAGAAUUUAAGGCGAAGAGUGUUAACUAUGAUACAAAUAAUUCAACAUAUUCUAUUAAAAAAUACCAGUUGGUGUAAAACAGAAAAUACAUAUCCAGUUUAAAGUGCUUACUCUGUUAAGGGUACCUCCGGUCUCUAAUAGCAGAGAAGUUGCCACUGUUAAAGUCAGAGUGGAAAUUUCAACGAUCUGGUUUACAGCACAGCUUUAGGGACUAAUGUAGCAGCAUAACUGAGCUGGAAAACUAAGCAGCCAGACAUGAGGAGUGGGAGAGACAGGAAUAGCAAUACUGCAUUUUUCACUUUUGAGAGUGGCAAACAACUGAACCUACCUACAUUGCAGCUUCUGGACAGCAGUUAGCGGUUCCAAAUAAGCAAUCUCUUAUGAUGUUGAGUGUCUGUUCCUGCAAACUUAAGCUCAAGUUUAUGUGUGACCAGUUACGUGUAAGAAAUUGGUAUCAUCAUCACUGUAUGAGGUGACAUGAAAGCCUCUGAUCUCCCUCAGCACUGCAUAUGCAACUAGAAACCUCAUCAGGAACCGUAACUUCUGUUCCGUGGAAAAUUGUAAUGUGGGUGGGAAGGGUGAGAGCAAGAAAUAAAAAUAUUUUUCUCAUGAAAAAGUGACCUUGAAAAAGCAAUUCUACAAAAUGAUGCCAUUAGGAGACUUUCUGAGAGCAUGGAAGUAUUGUCUUUGACACUUAGUUGAUUUCUUUCAUUUUGACUUGCCAUACCAACAUGUUGUAAAAAUCUCAAUCAAAAUGCAGUUAGCCAACAAUCACAUAUUUGAAACUGUUUUGUGUUUGCUUAUAUACAUCUCAAAAGAUUUGGUAGUUUUGGGUUGUUAUUUCAACAGCAAAAAUAAUGUAAUGCUCCUUCAACAUUCGAGUCUCCAUUAAUUUGCAUUUAUUAGUUGAGAGCUGUUCAUCCCAACCAAAAAACAUAGUCAGCUCAACUCCAUCUGCCCUCUUCUUGAAGUGCCAUGCAGUACUACAACUGAAGUAUUAUAUUCUUCUAGCAUGAGAUGCUGUCGAGAAUGCCUCAAGUCAAA